CAUUUAUAAUGUAUUCUGUUAAUAUUAUGCUUAAAAUUUUUACAAAAGACAUUUCUAAUGGAUUUCCAAAAUUAUGCACAUCUUAUAUAACUCCAUCUCCAUAUUAACUGGUCUCAGAGGGCAUUGGCUUCCUAGAAUUGCCAGAUAGCCAGUCUGGCCCUGUGAUAAUGCUCUGUUCUUUUCAGCUAAAGUCAUAAGGACACUGCAUGAAUAAGACAUCUCAGCCUAACCUAGCCUAGACUAGGGUUGAUAGAUGUCCUGGUUUUCUGGGAUUGUCCUGAAUGCCAUCUACUUUAUUCUAAACUUUUCCUACAAUGAAAUGUCUUUCUUUUUCCACAUUUUAGAUGUAUUUCUGAAACUGGUAGAGUAAAAAUACACAUCUAUUACUCUUUCCAAAUGACCAGGUAUCUUCUGGGAAGAACUCAUUUUAUCCCCAAGUAUCUGGCAACCCUAGUCUAGACCUCUUUUGUAGUUUCUACUCUUUUGUAGUUUCUUGCUCUCCAAAUACAAAUAUUUGGAGAGCAAGAAUCAAAUCAGAUAUCAUUAGAAACUUACAUAGAUGUCUGCACACAAUUCUAGAAUUCCAGAAAACAUUUAUAUGGAGCAGGUUUAUUGGGACCCCUGCAUUUGGAAAAAAUAAUCAUCUGCUGAUAUCUAAUGUAUUCGUCUCAGAACUGAGACUACAUUUAUUGAAAACAAUACAAUCUUUAUUUUAAAUGCAUAUAAAUGCAUUAUAAUUUAUGAUUUAGUAGAAUAAUCAGUAACAAAUGAAAUCUAAAUUUUCUGCAGUAAUCAAAAAAAUUUAAUGUGUAGUACAGUAUUGCAAAAAUUUUACAUGAAAAAGUAGUUUUAGGUUUUUAUUUCUAAAGGUAAUUCCAUCCAAUAUUUUUCUUGAGGGAAUAAAAUAAAUCUUUACAUUUUAGAAUACACAAAUACUGUACAGUUUUAUAAUGAAGUUUAAAUGAAUUUUAAUUUGUAAAUGAAAUAAUUAAAGAAAAAAAAACAAGAUCUGGUUAAAUACCAAUCAAAUAGGGAAUAUAAUUAUAGUAAAUGUUAAAUUGGAAAAUACCUUAUAAUAAAUUUUAAUUAAUUAAUGAAAUAAGUAAAUCAUCAUCGUCAUAAAAAUAUAUUUAUAAUUUUAAUAUAUAAGCAAAUUAAUUCAAAAUGACGUCACGCGACAUCUCGUUGUAAUAAUAGAUGCGUAAUGAAGAGAAGCUAACAAUGUCCUUACAAUGAGACAUUUUUGUUUUAUUAAUUUCAUGAUUAUAACUGGAUUUUUGUAUAUUUUGAUAGAAAAUAAGGAACUGCGUGAAUGAAAGAAAAUUGGUUGUUCAAUUGAUUUUUGAUCAUCAUCAAUAAAAAAAUGUCACAGGAAAGUGUAGAUGCUGUGGGAGAGGAAGAACUUUUCAAUGGAACUUCCUCGGAUCCAUCCGGAAAUGACGACCAUGUGGACAAACUAAUAAAGAAAUUGAAAAAAUGGUGGAAGGAUACAGAAGAGUAUUCCUCGAAGAUUCGGGAAUUUUCAAACCAAAUUCGGUGGCAAAAUUCGGAGAAGGAAAAUUGUACACUGGAAAUGUUCAACUCGAAGGCUGCGACGAGUACGAUAAACAAAAUGGUGGGAUCUCGCGAAGAGAUGCUGUCCAUUUGCCACGAGUUAAAAUUCGAGUUUGAAAGUUUAAAAAAUGAAAGAGAUCGUCUCCGUUUACAGCUUGAAGAAGUUAAGAAAUCGAAAGAAGAAUCGGAAAAGGAAACCAUUGUUCUUCGACAACAAUUAGAUAUAAAAGAGGAGAAAUUAAUGGUAGAAGGUAGACUGAAUAAAGAAAUUAACGAUCGAGUAGACAAACGAUUGGAAAGUGAUAAAUUAGAGGAAAAAUUAAUGAAGAUAAAAGAAGAAAACGAGUGUUUAAAAGAACAAGUAGAAACAAUGAAAAAAGUUUUGGAUAAACAGACAUCUGAUGUGUUGCUACUGCAAGAAGAAUUAGAAGAAAGUGUACUUCAGACCAGCAAAUAUUCUUCGAAACACAUGGAAGAUGACAAAAGAGCAUUAGUUAGGAAAUUGAAAGUGUUAUCAACAGAAAAAGAGAUGCUUUUGGUUUUAUUGAAGGGGCGAGCACAAAAAAUUAACAAAACAGAAGAAAGGUUUCAAGAAAAAUUGAGAGAAACAGAAAAACUGAAAGAACAAAUAGCUGACUUAGAGAACAAGUCAAUAAAUAUAAAUAGAAUUUAUAGAGAAACAAUGGAAAUGAGUAAGAAAAUUCAAAGUGAAAAUUUAUAUUAUAACAAUAUAGCAAAAGAAAUUGGUAAUGCUGCUUUAAUAGGAUAUCAGGAUGCAGAUAGAAUGAAUUUAACAAAACAAAUACAAACCUUGAAACAAAAAUUGAUGAAAAAAUCAGAACAAUUGGUGGAAAGUCAAGAGAAACUGAAAGACAAAGAAAGACAAAUGGAGGAUAUAAAAAAUAACAUGAAUCAAAAAGAAUACUUUCCUAUCAGUUCUUGUAAAAUUUCUCUUCCCAGUAUAAAGCCUUUAAAUUUGCAAGGAAGAACAAAUUACAUGAAGAGAAUACAUAUGUAAUUUUUUUUAAUUAAAAACUUUAUUGUGGAUUAGAAAAAGGAGCUGUGCUUAGGUGAAAUUGAAGAAACAUUCACAAAAUUAUAUAUUUUUAAAUAUCACUUUUAUGAUAAAUAAGAUCACAAUAUAUCACUCAAAAAC